UUCAAGCUGCUCGUUCGUGGCAGAGUUACUUUGAGCAGAGCUGGAGACUCUCCAGUCAUGAGUGGAGCUCAUCUACGCGUCUUGUUGGAUUUUUAAAACAAAACACUUUCUCUUUUGUUUUCUUUCUAGACACCAUUACUUUGUUUAAAGUGCCUUGUCGACAUAAACUGGGGUGAUGUUCCCAACUCGCCGCGGCACCUGUUUUCAUGUGUUUUGUGCGGCGUUCAAGAGUCAGCUGGACUAUUUGGAAUUUUGGAAACCACUAAAAGGCUCGUUGUGCGACCAGCCUGGUGUAAGGGCGUGAUUUUUAUUUCUUUUUUUUUUGUGUGUGGAUCAGGAUUAUAUCUGCGGAGAUGCUUCUGCUGGUGCCUAUUCUGUGGCUGCUGCCUCUGAGCGGAGCUGCUCCAUCUGCAAACGAGCAAGAGGACACGGGGGUGGACUGGCUGAGCAAGUUUGGUUACCUCCCGCCUCCUGACCCUACAACAGGCCAGCUCCAGACCAAGGAAGCCCUGACUAAGGCCAUCAAAGCCAUGCAGAAGUUUGGAGGGCUCAAGGAAACUGGAGUCUUCGAUCAAGCCACAUUGGGACUAAUGAAAACCCCCAGGUGUUCCCUGCCAGAUGUUCCUGUGGCCGAGGGGACUGUGGGCCGCAAGAAGCGGAGCCUGAACACUCAGAACAAAUGGAUGAAGAGACAUUUAUCUUGGAGAGUGAGGACCUUCCCAAAGGACUCGGCCUUACUGGGCAGAGACACCGUGAGAGCCCUCAUGUAUUACGCCCUGAAGGUGUGGAGCGACAUCGCCCCGCUGAACUUCCACGAGGUGGCAGGAAGCGACGCCGACAUUCAGAUCGACUUCACUAAAGCCGACCACAACGACGGAUAUCCCUUCGAUGGGCCAGGGGGCACCGUGGCUCAUGCCUUUUUCCCCGGAGAGAGAUACACCGCUGGGGAUACGCACUUUGACGACGACGAGGCUUGGACCUUCAGAUCACCAGACUCUCACGGGAUGGACCUGUACGCGGUGGCCGUCCACGAGUUUGGUCACGCCAUCGGCCUGGUGCACACCUCAGCCAUGGAGUCCAUCAUGAGGCCGUACUACCAGGGUCCUGUCGGAGACCCCCUGAAGUACGACUUACCCUAUGAAGACAAGGUCCGCGUCUGGCAGCUCUACGGCGUCAGAGACUCGGUGUCCCACACCACACAUCCAGGCAACCCCUCCCAGACGGCAGAUCCACCGGUCUUACUGGACCUUCCGGAAAACAGAUCGUCUGUCCUGCCGGGACAAGAUGCCCCAGACAGAUGCUCCGGCCACUUUGACGCCGUCGCCCAAAUACGAGGGGAGGCCUUUUUUUUCAAAGGCAAGUACUUUUGGCGACUAACGCGAGAGAAGAACCUGGUCUCUCUGCGUCCAGCUCAGAUCCAUCGAUUCUGGAGAGGCCUUCCGCCCAACAUGGACAAUGUGGACGCCGUGUACGAGAGACCCGGAGACCACAAAAUUGUCUUUUUUAAAGGUCUCAAGUACUGGGUAUUUAAAGACAACAUCGUGGAGGAGGGUUACCCCCGUUCAAUCAGCGACUUCGGACUGCCUUUAGAGGGAGUGGAUGCGGCAUUUGUGUGGCUCCACAAUGAGAAAACCUACUUCUUCAGGGACAACCGCUACUGGCGGUACGAUGACCACCUGAGACGCAUGGAUCUGGGCUACCCUAAAGACAGCACGCUCUGGAAGGGACUGCCAGCACACCUGGAUGAUGCCAUCAGGUGGUCUGACGGUUCGUCCUACUUCUUCAAGGGAAAGGACUAUUGGCGCGUGCCGAGCAGCGACAUGGAGGUGGAGGCGGGCUACCCGCGCCUCAUCGCCAAAGACUGGCUGCUGUGCACCGAGAUGCAGUCGGACUCUCCGGGCACCGAGCCCAAAAGCACCGAGACCAGAGUCAACGUGCACCAUCGCCCGGACCACGCCGAGAACGGCUACGAGGUGUGCUCGUGCACGUCGGACACGGCGUCGCCUUUAGGUGCCCGUCCCUCCCCCUUGUGGCUGCUGCCGCCUCUCUGGACGCUCUCACUGGCCCUCCGCUCUCAACCGCUAUGAUGCCAAAACACAGAAGUGAAUGAAUAUACGGCUGAGGUUGUCAGCUGUACAGAUGUCACCAGGAAGACACGCUAACAGCAUGCUGGAUGGACGCCAUCUCACGCUGAAGACACUUGAGCAACAGGAAGAUGUUUGAGUGAGGACUUUCUUUUCAUUCUGAAAAACUGCAUCUGUGUCGUCGUUAUCAGAACUCCUUGCUCACGGAUUCUCGUCAUUUUCAGCGUCCUACACAGAAGCAUCAGCUUUGUUACGAAUACAUGCUCUGUUCUUUCACCUCUAGACUAUUUUCAACUGGAUUCUUUUUAGCCUCUCGCUCUCUCUGACUUGCGUUGAGCUGCAAAUUGAAAAGUAAAAACACAUAUUUGAGUUGUUCUCAGUUGAGUGUAUAUUUCAAGGUGUGUUUUGUAAUGUAAAAUAUUUUUCUAACAAAAUAAAUUGUCACACUGUUUAAAAGUAGUUUGUUCCGUGCUGCACGGAUGUUUUGAAUCCGUAAGUUCACGCUUCCUGCUCGCAAUUGCAAGGAUUUACCUGACUGUUCCACUGUUACUCUUACUCUCCACCAAAUCAAUGGAUAGCAGUCUUUCUUACACUUUACACAAGACAAAA